GCCCAGCGACCACUCCUAGUAUCGGAGUCUGAUGAGACACACUAGUCUAACGAGUGAAGUGUGCGGAUAUGCCGAGAAACAGGGGACACGUGUAGCCGCCCCAGGCAAUGGGGCACAGCCGGGUGGUAUGGCCAGCCGCGCUGCUGGCCCUCAUCCUUCCUUGGGCUACUGCCGCGACACCAGGGGGUAGCAUGUUGGGUGAUGUCAACAUAUCUGCCAUACUGGAUUCGUUCAGUGUCAGUUAUGAUAAAAGAGUAAGACCUAAUUAUGGAGGCCCGCCUGUGGAGGUGGGAGUCACCAUGUACGUGCUCAGUAUCAGCUCCGUCUCUGAAGUAUUAAUGGAUUUCACAUUGGAUUUCUACUUCCGACAAUUCUGGACGGAUCCACGCUUAGCGUUCAGAAAAAGGCCAGGCGUGGAGACUCUUUCAGUUGGUUCGGAGUUUAUCAAAAAUAUUUGGGUACCGGACACUUUUUUUGUAAACGAAAAACAAUCGUACUUCCACAUUGCUACAACUUCCAAUGAAUUCAUAAGAAUACAUCAUUCCGGUUCGAUAACGCGUAGUAUUCGCCUUACAAUCACCGCUUCGUGUCCUAUGAACCUUCAGUAUUUUCCGAUGGACCGUCAACUAUGCCACAUAGAAAUUGAAAGUUUCGGGUACACAAUGCGAGAUAUUCUAUAUAAGUGGAAUUCGGGAUCAAAAAGCGUCGGAAUUAGCAACGAGGUGGAGCUGCCGCAGUUCCGGGUGCUUGGCCAUCGGCAGAGAGCGACUGUAGUUAACCUAACCACAGGAAAUUAUUCACGAUUGGCAUGCGAAAUACAAUUCGUUCGUUCAAUGGGUUACUACCUCAUCCAAAUAUAUAUCCCGUCCGGCCUGAUUGUCAUCAUCUCCUGGGUGAGCUUUUGGCUUAACCGCAAUGCAACUCCCGCAAGAGUGGCAUUGGGUGUAACCACUGUACUCACGAUGACCACGCUGAUGUCAUCCACGAAUGCGGCAUUACCCAAAAUUUCGUACGUAAAAUCAAUCGAUGUAUACCUCGGUACAUGUUUCGUAAUGGUAUUCGCCAGCCUUUUAGAAUACGCAACCGUUGGCUAUAUGGCCAAACGUAUACAGAUGCGAAAAAAUCGUUUUCUCGCCAUACAAAAGAUUGCCGAACAAAAGAAGAUAAACGUCGACGGCGGGCCGGAAGGCGAUCACGUGCCCAAACAAACAGCGGUCAGAUUUAAGCACAGCAAGGGAGGCACUUUAGAGAGUACGGUGAACGGCGGUCGGGGAGGAGGAGGAGGCGGUGGCGGUGGCGGCGACGAGGAGCAAGGGGGCCCUAUUGCCCAGCACAUUAUUCAUCCGGGAAAAGACAUCAACAAGCUUUACGGAAUUACGCCUUCAGAUAUCGAUAAGUACUCCAGAAUCGUGUUUCCGGUGUGCUUCGUGUGUUUCAAUCUUAUGUACUGGAUUAUCUACUUACACAUCUCCGAUGUGGUCGCGGAUGACCUAGUGUUGUUGGAAGAGGACAAGUAAAUAAAUUUUUGAAAGGAACUCAUAAACAUUCGUGAAUUUUUAAUAAAGUGAGACUCGGAGCGAAUGAAUUCCAAUAGUACAUAAACCAACGACCCUUCUUUAGUAGACAAUUUAGCCAGUUCGCGUAGCCUUCACUACGGAGAUAUUUUAUAUAGAAGACGUUUCACCCCGUUGCAAUUUGAAUAGUAUCUAAAUACCUACAGCGCAGGAUUGCGAUUCUGUUAUUUUUAUUCGCAAAGUUUAACGAUAUAUUUUAUACCGAUGAUUUAUUCUAGCUUAGCUUAACUUAUCUACCUAUAAGUUCCCUUUUUGUACUUCCGGCACCGACCAUGGCCGCACAUAGGUAGAACCAAGCACCGUUCGCAACUCCCUGCAUCCCCAAGAACAAAAAAAAACAAUGCUCCUGCAGGGAUUGCCACCAAAACACUAUAAAGCCGUUGACUCGGCGAAACGAAAUUCUAAAUUGUAAUAUAAUUACUAUAGUUAGAAUAUGCAAAUAGACAUUACGAAAUUAGCAACACUGAUUGUAAAUAUAAUUAGAUACCGUAUAAGCGUAAGUGAUAACUAUGGUAGUAGCAAAUAACAUCGUUAAAACGAUUACGAACUAUAACCUGAAAAACGAUGCACUGAGUUUAAAAAAUCGACGAAGGGGCGCUCUCAUGUAAAUAAUAACGUUACCACACAUUCCAUACGUUACCACCACUUCAUACUGUUUCCCGACUUCCGCACUUUGCACAAAGGUCAACAAUUUGAACGUUACGAAGCAACAUAAUAAUUUCCUUCUUAUGAAAAAAAAAUGAAAUAAA